AUGGAGCACGGAGAAAGAGGGAUGGGGGUCUCACACCUACGUUAUGAGGAGCAAGAAGAUCAUCAGUCCAUCUACAUUGGUGUACCGGUUCCUCGAGGGUAUCGGCGUAAGCGCAGGCGAAGGCGUUCUAGUCAUGACAACAGCAACACGGACAGAGACAGACGCUACAGCCACCACAGACAACACGAGCCUGACCAGUAUAGAGACAUAGACAUGGAGGAAGGACUCAUGGAUUCGCAAGACCCGAGUCUCCAAGACAUAAACCGCACAAUGUCACCAGCAGCUGAGCGGCUACGCUACAUCCUGAGUGAGGACGAUGACGUUCCCACGCCGACACUUUUCACUGAAAUGGACACUCUACAGCGUGAAGGGGAUGAACUGGAGUGGAAGGAGUCUGCAAGAUGGGUCAAGUUUGAAGAGAAAGUAGAGGAGGGAGGCGAGAGGUGGAGCAAACCGCAUGUGUCCACGCUGUCCUUGCACAGUCUUUUUGAGCUUCGGACGUGUCUUCAAACAGGAACCAUUCUGUUGGACCUGGAUGGCUAUUCUUUGCCCCAAAUAGUUGAUGACAUCAUCGAGAGACAGAUAGAGGAAGGCAUCAUCAUGCCUGAGCUGCGAGAGAAAAUCACUUUUGUUCUGUUGAGGAAACAUCGACACCAGACCAAGAAGCCAAUUCAUCGCUCUCUAGCUGACAUUGGGAAGUCUAGUUCAUCCACCUCUCGUCCAGUGGGGCCGAGAGGGGCACCUGGCCCGAUGCCGGUGGCCAACUACAAUCGAUCCACAGAGGACAUUCGAAUCAAGCAGCAGUCUGGCAGCUAUGGCCGCCUGCGACACGCUCAGAGUAGGAGUAUGAACGACAUUGCAGAUACUCCCAGCACAGACCAACUGAAGAAUAAAUUCAUGAAGAAGAUCCCCAGAGAUGCUGAGGCCUCCAACGUGCUGGUGGGAGAAGUGGAUUUCCUCCACAAACCCUUUGUUGCCUUUGUCCGCUUGUCCCAAGCUACAACACUUGGAGGUCUGACUGAGGUGCCUGUGCCCACCAGAUUCCUGUUCAUUCUCUUGGGACCACAGGGAAAGGCCAAGUCAUAUAACGAGAUAGGCCGAGCCAUAGCAACACUCAUGGUUGAUGAUCUCUUCAGCGACGUAGCUUACAAAGCCAGAGAUCGUGAGGACCUCAUUGCGGGCAUAGACGAAUUUUUGGAUGAGGUGAUUGUGCUUCCGCCAGGGGAAUGGGAUCCAAAAAUCCGUAUUGAGCCACCCAAGAAAGUUCCCUCCGCAGACAAAAGGAAGUCGGUGUUCUCCUUAAAUGAAUUGGGACAGAUGAAUGGUGCAGCAGGUGGAGGAGGAGGCCGCGUUGAGGAUGAGGAAAUGCCAGCACAGCAUGAGCUGGGAGAGGAACUGGCCUUCACUGGACGCUUCUGUGGUGGAUUGUACCUGGACAUAAAGCGCAAAUUGCCUUGGCUACCCAGUGAUUUCUACGAGGGUUUCCACAUUCAAUCCAUCUCAGCUGUGCUCUUCAUCUAUUUGGGCUGCAUCACUAAUGCCAUCACCUUUGGUGGCCUUCUGGGAGAUGCAACAGAAAACUACCAGGGUGUUAUGGAAAGUUUUCUUGGUACAGCUCUGGCCGGCUCUGUGUUCUGUCUCCUCGGGGGUCAGCCUCUCAUCAUUCUCAGCUCAACUGGACCCAUCCUCAUCUUUGAAAAGCUCCUGUUUGAAUUCAGCAAGAAUAACAACAUUGAUUACAUGGAGCUGCGCCUGUGGAUAGGCAUCCACUCAUGCUUGCAGUGUUUCAUCCUAGUGGCAACCGAUGCCAGUUACAUUAUCAAGUACAUGACACGUUUCACUGAAGAGGGCUUCUCCAGCCUCAUUUCCUUCAUCUUCAUCUCUGAUGCCAUCAAGAAGAUGGUGGGCUCCUUCAAAUACUACCCCAUCAACACCAACUUCAAGCCAGACUAUGUCACCGCUUACAAGUGCGAGUGCUUGGCGCCAGACCCGAUUCCAAUGCCAGAUAACAGCUCUAGUGUCUCUGGGUUGAAUGUGACAGCUCUGGACUGGAGUCAGCUGAGUAAGAAGGAGUGUUUGAAGUACGGGGGGUCUUUGGUGGGGAAUUCCUGCAAGUAUGUCCCAGAUCUGGCGCUUAUGUCCUUCAUCCUCUUCUUUGGAACAUACUCCAUGACUGUCACGCUCAAGAAGUUCAAGUUCAGCCGCUACUUUCCCACUAAGCUUAGGAAACUGAUCAGUGACUUUUCGAUCUUCAUGUCAAUCAUGACGUUUGUGGGCCUUGACAUGCUGAUGGGCCUUAAAACUCCCAAGUUAAUUGUACCGACAGAAUUCAAGCCAACUCGGCCUGAUCGUGGCUGGCUGGUGUUGCCGUUUGGGAAGAACCCCUGGUGGGUUUACUUGGGCAGUUUUGUACCUGCCCUCCUUGUCACCAUCCUCAUCUUCAUGGACCAACAAAUCAGUGCCGUCAUUGUCAACCGCAAGGAAAACAAACUGAAGAAAGGCUGUGGCUACCAUUUGGAUCUCUUCUGGGUGGGGGUCCUGAUGGCCACUUGCUCCUUCUUGGGUCUGCCCUGGUAUGUAGCUGCCACCGUCAUCUCUAUCGCCCACAUUGACUCUCUGAAGAUGGAAAGUGAAUCCAGCGCUCCCGGAGAGCAGCCCCAAUUCCUCGGAGUCAGAGAACAACGAGUGACAGGCAUUCUGGUGUUCGUUCUCACUGGGGUCUCCAUCUUCCUUGCUCCAGUGCUAAAGUACAUUCCAAUGCCGGUGUUGUACGGCGUCUUCCUCUACAUGGGAGUAGCUUCCCUCAGCGGAAUUCAGUUCUGGGACAGGAUUAAAUUGUACAUGAUGCCAUCCAAGCAUCAACCUGACCUCUCCUACCUGCGUCAUGUUCCGCUGAGAAGGGUCCACCUGUUCACCUUGAUUCAGAUCAUAUGCCUGGCUGUACUCUGGAUACUCAAAUCUACCUUUUUAGCUAUCAUCUUUCCAGUUAUGAUCCUCGGUCUGAUGGUCGUUCGCAAAAUGCUGGACAUGGUCUUCUCCCAGCAUGACCUGGCUUGGAUGGAUGACCUCCUGCCAGAGAAAGAGAAGAAGAAGAAAGAUGAUGACAAGAAGGGAGGGAAAGACAAGAAAAGGCCCAAAUUGGAAGUCAGUGAGGAGGAGGAUAAGUACAGCCCUUACGCCAACCAUUCACCAAGUUCAGAUUCAGACUUGGAUCGCAGCAUUACCCUCCACCUGAAGAUCUCCUGCCCGUCAUCUCCAGCAUUGCCAAUGGGGCGAGGGAUGGCCUGCCCCGUCCCACAGGUCAAGAUCGAGAUGGAGUCGGAUGACGACUCGGACAUGGACCACCAACGGCCACGAGACAUGAGCAGCGAGACGACCUUAUGAAGUGAAUGCUUGACGCCUGCUCGCAGCAAGAUUGUCCAACUUAUCCCUGACACUUUAAAAAACAAAAACACUUUUGAACCAGUGGGUUAUUCAUAAAUUUAUUGAACUUGUAAUUACAUAUUGAAAAAUAUAAGCUUUCAUGUGUCGUAUUACUUCCUUUGAUGUAUACGGUGUACUAUUAUCGCAAUACAGUACUGUGUAAAUGUUGGAUCAUACUGUUGUGUCAGCCUGUGCAUACAGCGUUAGGCCAGGCCGAGUUGCCCCUCAGAAGUACAGAGAUGUAUUCAACAUACAGUAGAGGCUAUUUACAUGAUAUUGUAAAGUCACUCUUGUAUUUUUCAAUAGUUUGGCUGUAUUUUGUGUUGUAUUGUACUGCAUCUCUGAUCCCUCAAACCCGUUCUUUUGACCAUGGCCUCCCAAAGCAGUCAGUGAAACAUACUCACAUAGGGAUAUUUACCAGGACAAAAAAAAAAAAA